UUUGCGGUUAACAAUAUCUAGUGGUAGUUGUACCUGAAAGUCUUACAUUCUAAAAUCGUAGAAAAAAUUCAACUCAAUACAAAAUGUUCAAAUUGAUCGUUACUCUGUCUGCACUCUGCGCUGUUGCCUCCGCCGGCUACAUUGGUGGCUACGGACUCGGCGGUCUUAGCGGUCAUGGUGGUCUAGGCUAUGGUUUGGGUUAUAGCGGCUACAGUGGCAUUGUUGCACCAGCAUACCAUUCAUCCGCCAUUGUGGCACCCGCACCAAUUGUAAAGACUUACAGUGCACCCAUCGUCGCCGCUCCAGUGGUGAAGACCAUCGCGCCAUUGGCCACAUCAUAUGCCAACACCUACAAAGUGGCCACCAAGGCUAUUCCCGUAGUGCAUGCCGCCCCUGCUCUGGUGCACGCUGCACCAGCUGUUUAUGCCGCACCCGCCUACCACGGUUCCUUGGGUGGUUAUGGGCUGAACUAUGGUUAUGGUCAUGGUUUGUUGCAUUAAGGAGUGAAUUUGAACAAAAAAUAGAGAAAUGAUCAUGUGGACAAGGAUAUGACAGCGGCUAAUGACUAAUUCAACGUUAAUAAAACAUAAAACUGAUGGUAGCACAAGUAGUUGUGCGGUGCGUGCUGUUGAGCUUUGUAAUGUGAGAAAACAUUUUCUGAUAUUGAUUUUGCCAGAAGCGCAAAUUCUUUGAGAGAGACUGGAGUGAGUAAAUAAUGCAGACUAUUCAUAAAAA